AUGAGUAACUGCACUGGGACCAGUAACAGCACCAGCGAUGGCACCAGUAACAGCACUGAGACCAGUAACAGCACUGGGACCGGUACUGGCAUCGCUAAUGGCACCAGUAACAGCACUGGAACCAGUAAGAGCAUUGAUAAUGGCAUCAGUAAUGGCAUUGGGACCGCUAGCAACACCAGUAACAGCACCAGUAAGAAUGUUGGGACCAGUAACAGGACCGGCAACAGCACCAGGGAGGGCGUUGGGACCAGUAACGGCACUGGGACUGGUAACAGGACUGGUAACAGCACCAGUAGCAGCACCAGAAAUGAAACUGGGACCAGUAACGGCACCAGUAAUGACACCACUGAGGGCACUGGUCCCAGUAACAGCACCAGUGAGGGCACUGGUCCCAGUAAGGGGCGGCGGCGCAAGCAGGCAGCCCCCCAACGCGGGGCUGACCCCCAGGACCCCACUUUUCGGGGAGUCACCAUCCACAUGCGCCUGGGGCUCCCCCCGGCCGGUGAUGCUGAAGGCUGCUCCCUCCUCAUCACCGCCCACAGGGACCCCAAAUGGAGCCGGGGCCGCCCCCCCCACAGCACCCCCCCUGGGGGGGGCAGCAGCUCGGAGGAUGACGCCCCCCUCCCCCAGG